AUGGUCCAUUCAUUACAACCAAAGGAUUCCAUGGACCGCGUCUCGUUUCCAAACGACUUCGUCGCCAACUUUUACUACGUGCGCCACAACAUUCGCGGACCGUUGCCACCUUUCGACCGCAACCCUUCGCCACGCUCAGAGCCGAAAGACAAGUGCGGCCCGCAGUGCAGCUGCCAGAUGCAAAAGAGACUCGCCAUCUUCAAGACUGAAAGCUGCGGCUGGGGCGUCCGAGCCGCGGAAACAAUCCCCAAAGACAGCUUCGUGUGCGAGUACGUGGGCGAGGUGCUCGACUUUUCAAGCUCCGCGCGCCAUGACUACCAGUUCCAGAUGCCCGGCGACGCCAGGUUCCCGGCCAAUUUGGUGGUGGUGGACGCCGUCGCCUACGGGAACGUGGCCAGGUUCAUCAACCACCGGUGUGACGGCGGGAACAUCCGGGUGGAGCACGUUCCGUACGAGGGCUUGGACGACGACGAGCGCCCGAUGUUCCAUAUUAUGAUGUUUGCGAGCAGGGAUAUCAAAGUUGGCGAGGAGCUAUGCUUCGACUACUCGGGUGGCGAGCAGCGGUAUAUUUACAAUGAGAUGUGCUGCUGUGGCUCCGAGGGGUGCUGCAUGGCCUGGGACAAUGGGGCUUUGCCUUCUGUGGUGGAUUGA